CAAGCAACACUCUGUUCCGAAUAACCAGUACACAUUACUAACACACGUUAGUCUCGUGCGUCCUAUCGUUGGAUUAGUGUGUUGUUGCUAUCCGUACGUUUGGUUAUAUUUAAUACUGUGCAUAACUUUAUAUAUUAAUUUUUGCCUGGUAUCAAUAAAAAUUAAUAGCAAUCAGCUUUACAGAUACAUAUUUGAAUAUACACAGAUUAUAAUGCAAAUCAAAUUUUAAUAAGUAAUCACGGUAUUAUACAACAACAAUUUGUUGGUAUUUUUAAAAUUUAAAUGGAACGAACGUCGUAGUGAAAUAAAACAAUUCAAAGUUCAUAAAUUACCUAUUAGUGAUAAAAUUAUACGGAUCAUGUGCACUUAGUAAUGUCGUCUUUGUUAAAAACUCAGUUCGUAGUCGACAGCAACACUCAAUUAGACAAAAUAUCAUAUCGAAAUGAUCUUGAUAAGUCAUUCGGUUAUAAACGAAAAUCAAACGCAUCUUCGACAAUGGAAUAUAGCGACACCGAAAAAGAUAAAGCUUAUGAAUUUCGUCUUAGAGACACUAUAAUGCCAGAAAAAUUAUUUAAAGUGAUCAUAAUUGGGGACCCAACUGUGGGUAAAACUGCAUUUGUUAAAAGAUACGUACAAAACUCUUACAGUCGAGAAUAUAAGGGUACUGUUGGCGUUGAUUUUGCUCUGAAAAUCAUUAGAAUAUCUGAUACAGAAACCAUCAAGUUACAAUUGUGGGAUAUAGCAGGGCAGGAAAGAUUUACGUGGAUGACACGAGUAUACUACAAGGACGCGCAUGGUUGUGUGAUCAUGUUUGAUUUAUCAAAUAAAAAUUCAUUUUUAAAUACACUCAAAUGGAAAAAAGAUGUGGAUGCUAAAUGUACGCAAUCGGAUGGUAGUCCAAUACCCUGCAUGCUCUUAGGAAAUAAAUGUGACUUGCCUCAAAGACAAAUCGAUCAAUUGGACAUAGAAACGUUUUAUAAAGAAAAUAAUUUUAUUGGCUGGACGGAAACUUCAGCCAAAGAAGGACUGAUGGUCAAUGAUUCUAUGCAAUUUUUAAUUAAUUCAAUGAUGGGUCAGUGUAUAGAAGAAACAGACCAACCGGACUUAGUAAAGCUCAGUCGUCCAGGACCUGAAGUAAAAAAAUCAUGUUUUCCUUGUUAGCAUUAAUGAUUGUGUGGCUCUAUGAUUAUUUAUCUCUAAGAGAUAAUUUGUUUUUUUUUCAUACACAAAUUAUAUUUGUGUGUAUAAACAUCCGCAAUUUUUUUUUUUUACAAUUUAAAUAAGUUAUCAGUUAAUGCUACGGCCUAUGUGCUUAAUGAUAAAUAAUUGUAUUUUUCUGUCUAACUUUUACACGAGUAAAAUAAUUAUAAAAUUAAAAUAUUUUUACGAAAAUGUGCACAUAGUUUGUUUAAAAAGUGUCGAAUGAUUUUCAUUCAUAAUGAUCAUUUUUAUUGUUAUGAUUAAACCAAUUCAAAUUUUAAACUCUUAAAUCAAGACGAUUCUUUUAAUAAUAAAAAAUCUUUUGAAAAUCAUAAUUAUAAAUUUUUAUGUGUAAUAAUAUUCAACCUUUAGUGUUCUUAUUAUAUAAAAUAUCUUGUAUUAUACUCAUUUAUUGUCACCUUUUAUUAUGUAUAUUUUAACGUCUAUUUACCCUU